AUGGCCUCAAAAACAACGUACGAGCCUCUGCUCGUAACACUUACCUUCACACCGGGUGGUUUCCAGCAGACUAAGAUCCUCUCCAUGGCACCGCAGACAACCCCCUUCACACCACCCAGCGGUCUCUGCUCUCCCGUCGACAUUCGCUGCCUCGUAGGCAAGACAGAGGAUCUCACGGGGGACGUCGAGUGCCUGCGAGACCAAGUCGUAGCCGAGACCACAGCCAGCCUCCCAACGCAAUGCUUCCCCGAGAGUUACGCCGCAAUCUGGCGACCAUCCGGGAAUACGUUCAGCGACGUCGCAAGCGUAGCCUACCCAGGCACAGCCUGCAUCUCCGGCUGGACGACGGCGUGCGAGACGACCCUGACCCUCGAGAGCGCGCAGACGUACACCCAGACGUGGUGCUGCCCGAGCUCGUACACCUGCCUCGUGCCCACGCCGGGCGGGACGCCCUACCGCGACUGCGUCAGUCUCCUGAGCACGAACACGGAAGUCUGGAUCAACAACAUCGCGACGAGCGGCGGGCGGGAGUCGACGCUCUGGAGCUCGUGGAGGAAGAUCUCCCUCACCGGUCUCCCGAGUGCCGCCGGGGGACCCCUCUCGGUCAAACACCCCGUUUUUCCGCUCUACGGCCGUGUUCCUUCUUCUCAGGCCUCUGGUGUUGCUGGAGGGGAAAGUCUUUCGACUGGCGCUAUCGCGGGGAUUGCGGUUGGAGCGGUGGCGUUGGUUCUUCUGCUGCUCGGUGCCGGGUUCUUUAUAUGCCUUCGGAAGAGGAAGCAAAAGAGGGCUGCGACCGCAAUCGCCGCGCAGAAUGAGGGCAAUACGGGCAAUGAAGGAUAUGGGCAGAAAGGUUUUGGGUACGAUGCGAAGCAAGAGUUACCCGGCCACGGAACAGAGAUGACGGAAGUCGACGCUGCCACGCCGCCUCCCGUUGAGCUUUCGGCUUAUACGAGGGCUGCGGAAGUGGAGGGCAGCCGGCCUGCUGAGUUGUCGUAG